UUUCCCCCACGUGGCCCCAGGUUGCAUUUAGAGUUGCUGAAUCGCUUUCCUCCCUCUCACAUGCAGGAAAAACACCGGAAGCGAAAGAGAGAAACGAGUUGGAGUUUAGUUUUUUGUUGUUGCUUUGUUUAAAUAACUAGGAGACACAGCGAUGCACUUCCAAAUAAAACACUUUCUGCGCCCGAAUCUCCGAGUCUCUAUUCCGCGCAAGAGCACACUCGGGAGGACCGUAACAGCGGCGCAACAAUGUGGCGCGAGAGCAGCAGGCUCGCGCGCGUCGGCAGACAUCAAGAAGUAUUUCGCCCCGCAGUGCCGCAGAAGCUAUGCGUCCGACUCGGCGUACAGCAGAGCCUUUGCCUCGGCGAGGGACGACCCCGGGACGUUCUGGGGUGAGGUGGGAAAGGAUAUCACCUGGUUUGAGCCGUGGAGCAAAACUUUACACGUGGAGGACACAGUGUAUCCAAACUGGUUUGUUGGAGGGAAGUUGAACAUGUGCUACAAUGCGGUGGAUCGACACGUGGAAAGCGGCCGUGGAGAGCAGCCUGCCAUCAUUUAUGACAGCCCGGUGACGGGAACCAAACAGAUCAUCACUUUCAGGGAACUUCAGGACCAGGUGUCCAGGUUAGCAGGUGUCCUGGUGAAGAAUGGUGUCCAGAAGGGAGACCUGGUGGUCAUCUACAUGCCCAUGGUGCCACAGGCCAUGUUCACCAUGUUGGCCUGUGCACGGAUCGGUGCCCCUCACAGCCUCAUCUUUGGCGGCUUUGCCUCCAAAGAGCUUUCCGUCCGCAUCGAUCACGCCAAGCCCAAACUGAUGGUAACGGCGUCAUUUGGCUUCGAGCCUGGCCGAAAAGUGGAAUACAUCCCUCUGGUGGAGAAAGCCUUGGAGCUGAGCUCUCACCAGCCCUCUAAAGUCCUCAUCUUCAACAGGCCGAACAUGGAAAAAGUAUCAAUGAGUCCGGAGUUGAGUCUGGACUGGGAGGAGGAGAUGGCCACAGCUCGGCCGCAUGACUGUGUUUCUGUCCCCUCCAACCACCCUCUCUACGUCCUCUAUACAUCCGGGACCACUGGAACACCAAAGGGUGUUGUGCGAGACACCGCCGGCUAUGCUGUGAUGCUGAAAUGGACCAUGUCAAAUAUUUAUGGACUCAGUCCUGGAGAUGUUUGGUGGGCGGCAUCUGACCUGGGCUGGGUGGUGGGCCACUCGUACAUCUGCUAUGGUCCUCUGCUCCAUGGGAACAGCACAAUCCUCUACGAGGGUAAGCCCGUGGGGACGCCAGACCCCGGGGCGUUCUUCCGCGUCCUGUCCGAACACGGAGCCGCCUCCAUGUUCACGGCGCCCACCGCCAUCCGAGCCAUCCGCCAGCAGGACCCUCAGGCCGCGUUUGGGAAAAAAUACCCCCUGACCAGGUUGCGGUCGUUGUUCGUGGCUGGCGAGCGCUGCGAUGUGGAGACGCUGGAAUGGACCAAAAGGAGCUUUGGGGUUCCCGUCCUGGAUCACUGGUGGCAGACUGAAACCGGCUCGGCCAUCACCUCCUCGUGUAUCGGUCUGGGGAACUCACUCACGCCCCCUGCAGGUCAGGCCGGCAAACCCGUUCCCGGCUACAACGUCGCCGUGGUCGACGACGACAUGCAGGAGGUGAAGCCGAGAACCCUGGGAAACAUUGUGGUGAGGCCGCCCUUACCUCCCGGUGCGGCGCUGUCCCUGUGGCAGAACCGGGCUCUGUUCAAGCAGCUCUACUUCACCAAGUUCCCAGGUUAUUAUGACACCAUGGACGCAGGCUUCAUGGAUGAGGAGGGUUUCCUUUACAUCAUGUCCCGGUCUGAUGAUGUCAUCAACGUGGCGGGCCACAGGCUGUCGGCUGGAGCAUUGGAAGAGUCAGUGCUGCAGCACCCUGCAGUUGCAGACUGUGCUGUGGUGGGUCUGGAGGACGCGCUGAAGGGUGUUGUUCCCUUGGCUCUGUGUGUACUCAAGAACGGUGUGCAGAAAAGCAAAGAGGAGAUCGUAAAAGAGAUGGUGCAGCUGGUGAGAGACUCCAUCGGACCGGUGGCUGCCUUCAAGAAAGUGCUUUUUGUCCAAGGAUUGCCAAAAACGCGCUCUGGCAAGAUCCCUCGCUCCUCGUUGGCUAACCUCGUCAACGGCAAGCCUUACAAGAUCACUCCCACCAUCGAGGACCCGGAAGUGUUCAAAGACAUUGAGAGGCGGGUAGAAAAAGCCCUGAGAGUUCGUGGAGCUUGACCUUGAUGAUGAAGCUGAGGUCGGAUACAUAAACAAACUUUUCCUUUUUCUCUGCAACACGUGUGAAGUACGUUCAUGCAGUGAACCGGUGCUGCAGAUAAGAACUCCAAGUAGAGGUGGAAUAAGUGAUUUUAAGUUGAAGGGAUGUCAGUAAGUUUGACAGUCUUUACCAAAUGAAGCACGGUCAAUAUUUCCACGUCUUCUGAAUAAUGUUAAACUGAACUGGACUUGUUGGACUUCUACAUUUAGAAUUACGAGUGAACAAUAACAAAGACAAUUCAUUCACUGACAGUAUUUUUUCUUUUUAUCAUUGACAAUGAAAAUGUUGCUUGCUCACCACUUGCUUUUGACCAAAGUACAAGUAAUAAAUAAAUAAAUCAAUAAAAAUGGGCACAAAAUAAAACAAUCCAUUAUUCGUGCAAAUUGAAGAUGUAAAAACUAAAAUCAAAAGCGUAAGACUUUGUAUGAGUCGUCCAUCAGAGACAACAGGGCUGCACAGCAGGUUGCCCUGGCAACUCUGACGGGAACAAACGACACCGACGACGUGAGUCACAGCAAGCAACAGGUUGGUCGUCACAUGUCACCUCACUGAACAUGUCAGACACAGUCUACGCACACGAUGAGCUAAAGCAGUCUGUCUUUCAGAUAUUUCCUCUGCUCUGUUGGGGGGGGGAGAAGGCCAGCUUGGCUGAGUGUUUGUCCUUUUGUGUGUUUGACAGAACAUACAGUACAACAAUUGACAGGUUCUCUACGAAUGUCAUCCUGCUUCUUUUUUUCUUUUUUUUUUGUUCUCUGAGAAGAAGUUUUGAGCAAACUUCGGAGAGUCUUGUAAAAUCUGUUUUUUCGGCUACUAAAGAGUCCGUGGAGCUGACGCGGUCGUAUCAAAGUGCUUCUCAUUGUUCCCCUUAACGUGUUCCUCUGUAUGACGGAGGAUCCGCAAGAAAGGAGGAUGGAGUUUGUUGUUGUUGUUGUACACUAGAGGGCAGGUCACAUCUCGUCUCUUCCUCUCUGUACGGUGCAGCACAGGUUUAUCAUCGUCAUCAUCAGCACAAUGAAAAAAUAAAACCAUAUGUACAAAAUGA